ACGUCACUAAAGCGUUCAGUUACCGAGGAGUGAGCAAAGUCUUGCAGCUUCCUGCGAGUUCUUGUUAUUUCCUAUUAGGUAUUUUUUGUUUUGUUAAAUUAAUUAUUUUAAAUGAUCGCAUGAAACAGUAAGACUCCCAUGCGCUACACGAUCUGAUCACACAGAUGCGUGCAGUCGUGCACAGGCAGUAACAUUAUUUUUUUGGCAUUGUUUUCUUCGGAGAAUCAGGGCUGCAACCGCCACAGACAAAAGUUCCUCCUUGUGAGGCUUCUCUCCGCAAAUUUCCUGAAUCUUCUGGCGUUUGUUAUUUACUGGAUCGUACAGGAACAAAUUAUUUUAUAUCUUACUUUUUUGUAUUUUGCUGCAACAUUGUGAAAACCGUGCUCGACGUGUUAAAAGGACUGUGCAGUUAGUAAUCGGGAAUCAGUAUGUCACUGUCUAAAGGCACCGGGAAAGUGAAGAACAAACCCAAGCUCAAAAUUUCAGAUGAAGUCUUCAAGCAGAAGGAGCCCAACCCCACACCACCUCGAAACCUGGACUCCAGGACCUUUAUUACUAUUGGAGACAAAAACUUUGAGGUGCAGGCGGAUGACCUGGUGUCGAUCUCUGAGCUGGGACGAGGGGCCUAUGGUGUGGUGGAGAGAGUUCGGCAUGCACAGAGCGGGACCAUAAUGGCUGUUAAAAGAAUCCGAGCAACAGUAAACAGCCAGGAACAGAAGAGGCUGCUGAUGGACCUGGAUAUCUCCAUGCGGACAGUCGAUUGUCCCUACACAGUCACCUUUUAUGGAGCUCUUUUCCGAGAGGGUGACGUGUGGAUUUGCAUGGAAUUGAUGGACACCUCACUUGAUAAAUUCUACAAGAAGGUGAUCGAAAAAGGAAAGAAAAUACCAGAAGAUAUUCUAGGAAAAAUGUCUGUAUCUAUUGUCAAAGCAUUAGAGCAUUUGCACAGCAAGCUGUCAGUGAUUCACAGAGAUGUAAAGCCUUCAAAUGUCCUCAUUAACAACGAAGGACAUGUGAAGAUGUGUGAUUUUGGGAUCAGCGGGUACCUGGUAGAUUCUGUUGCAAAGACCAUGGAUGCUGGCUGCAAACCCUACAUGGCUCCUGAAAGGAUCAAUCCAGAACUUAGUCAGAAGGGAUACAAUGUCAAAUCUGAUGUCUGGAGUCUGGGAAUCACGCUGAUUGAGUUAGCGAUUCUUCGCUUUCCCUACGAGUCCUGGGGGACCCCGUUCCAGCAGCUGAAGCAGGUAGUGGAAGAGCCUUCCCCGCAGCUUCCAGCGGACCGCUUCUCCAAGGACUUUGUGGAUUUCACGGCUCAGUGUUUAAAAAAGAAUUCCGUAGAAAGAAUGAACUACCUUGAGCUUAUGGAGCACCCUUUCUUCAAACUACACGACACCAAGGAAACAGACGUAGCCUCCUUUGUGAAAGAGAUCUUAGCUGAAGACCAGAACUGACCUCUCCUCUCCUGCUGUCUUUUGUAAUCUCCAGAUCGUCAUGAAAGGAAUACAUCGUUUCAGUUGGGUCUUAUGGUGGUUUAAGCCUACAUAAUUUGCAGUAUUGUAAAGUUACUUUUUAUGUGUAUUAUAAAGAAAUAAAAUCUAUUCAAAUGUCAAGCGUAACCACCAUGGGGAUUUUUUGAAUAGUAUUUAAUAGUGUUGAGUUAAUAGUGCACAGUAUAAAAUGAAACAAUAUUUAAUUCAUUUCUGGGGUUUUGUUUUUAUUUAGAACUAUUAUUAUUUUGUAUUAUAAUUUCAUCACCCAUAUUUCAAUACUGCAAACCACCAUAAGCAUUGAACCAGUCUUGCUACAGUCAUAUCUGCACUGUAUAUAUUGCAGUGAUGUAGAAAAGACCCAUGAAAAUAGUGUGAGGGUGUUCUCAAUGUUUUAUUUAUCUUCAUUUGUUUGCAUGGUUGCAAUAAACUUGACAUCUGCGAAAGCCACUGAGAUACUUCUUCAAAUGUGAAGCUACAGUACGUGUGCUGCUUUUUUAGGAAUACUUGAGCUGGGAAUGCAUAAAGUCCAAGCCAUGAAUGGGAGACUUUGGUCAGCUGACUGUAUACUAAAUUGAAGUCCCUCAUGCAAACAUAUCCCAAGACUUCCUGGUCUAAAGUAAUUGAAACUACAGAGUAGUUCCAUUAAUUGUUUCCGCCAUGAAAAUAUAAUCAUAUAUAGGUCUCAAAUGGUCACUUGAAAAACACAUGUUUUAGCAAACCUGGAUUUUCAUUUUAAAACAACAUAUUAGGUUCUACAUUAGGCUGAUAAUCUCUGUUUGCAAGCCUUACUUUUAGACUGUAUUGCACUUCCUGGGUCACCUGGAGAGUGACAUUGUCCUCACCCCUUCCCUGGCUUCUUUCCUGUCAGUAACCAAUCGGCUGCUUCCCCAAUUGACUGACAUGCUUUCAGCCAAUAACAUGCUUAAGCCCAAAGACACUGCUGGGGUCAAAUGAACAAGCAUGUGAAGCAGUAACAGAAGGUAAGGCAAACAAACAAGGAACGUUCUUUAACCUAGUGUAGCACUAUAUAUCUGCUUUAAAAUAAAAUACAUGUUUGGUAAAAUAUGUGUUUCUUUAAGAAGUGCACAUUUGAGACUUAGGUAGCUAAUUGAAGUGCAAAAUGGGUACGCUUUAAUUAAUUAAUGUGUUGGUUACAAUUACUUUAAUACCAGAAGUUUCUUGUUCAGAAAUCGUAUAGCUUUCUAUUGGCAUUGUCACGUUUCAGCAGCCUUAAUGUUUGUGAUCUUACUUUAACACCGCUGCAUUUUAAAACCGUAGGAGGUCAGAUGUUUUGUUUCACAUAAUUCAGCUUUUCAACGUAAUUGGCGUAAUUGGCAAUUAAGGAUUUUGAAAUGUCUAACUUUCGUUUAAAAUAAAUAAAUAAAAAGCCUCUGAACAUUUGGAAGAGUAACAGUUGUAUGAAAAGCAGUUUGCUCCCAAGGUGGGGGGGUGGGGGGGGUUGUGCAGCAGCAGACCCUUGGUAACCCCUCAAUGGUGAUGGUAACUGCAAUGUGAUUUUCCUGCAGCCCAUUUUAUUACUGCUGUCAUGGUGUGGGCUUGCAUUUUCACUACUGCUUUCAGGCUAGCUGUUAUAAAGUAUAGAGUAUGGCCCCCAUGUACUGUAUUAUAGCUUGAGGAUCACUGUAUUAAAGGAACUGUGAUACUUGAUGCUGCCAUCUAGUGGGAGUUGCAAAAAAUGUAUGCCUCCUUUUGUGUAUCAGUUGUUUCACAUGGUAAAUAUACAUCAUUGUACACACGCACUUGACACUUUUUUUGCAUAAAGGCCUUCAAGUAUAGCUGUAAUCAAUUCCCCUUUAAGGUUGUAAUAUUUACCUUUGGAUUUCAAAGUGAGCCAAUACUGUAACGCUCCUAUUUCUAAACUUCAGUGUUCCUCUUAAAGUGAGACCAGGAAGUAUCUAUUAAAGCUUCAGUUUAUAAUUAUGACUGUAUUGUUUUGUGAGACUAUACUGACCUCUCUCUAUGAGAUUUAAUUCGGUAACAUCGGUUUACAUGUCUUAUUAACGUCUGUUUAUUGACUCUUUCUUUAGCCCUAGCCUGCUGUUGUUACCUUCAAUAAAUAAGGAAAUACUUGGGGUGUCACACUACGAUACGUGUCGCGAUAUGCCAUUCUAAAUAUAGUCUGUCACAAUACAUGUGAUAGUCCUGAGGGACUGCUUGUAUGAGGCAUAAGAUCAAAUGAUAUUUAAUAAUGGACCGUUCUGUUAAAGAACAACAAUGAAAUGGGAUAGGGAGAGAAUGUAUUCAUACCAACUAUAAAACACAGUUAUUCAUUCAAGAACAAUUACAAUGAGCUAUCUUGUGUUUAUGGCCUUGUAUCUUAAUACAAAUGAUACAUAUCUCUAUUUACUAUACAAAAAAAAGAAGUCACGUAAAGAAAGUAUCGCAAUGACUCCCCUAGUAAGUACAUGUUGUUUGAAGCAUAUCGGCAAGCAACUUGAGUCCCAUAAAACAUACAAAGUGACUGCAUCCAAUAUAUAACGAUAAACCAGAAACGAAGCACUACAUUGGAACCUCUGUGUCCGCUAUUAACAGUCUAGUUUUGUAGCAGCAUUGUUUUAUAUGUUGCAGUGUACAGUAUGCAAACCUUAAAGGCAUGAAGCUUGGCAAGCAAAAUACAGAGACUUCUACCUUGCAUGUAGAGAUUUAGGAGCCAAUUAACACGGGGGUUUGGCAGUUCAUUUAAAAUGUGAUGGUGCUGCAGAUGAAUCUCUACCAGUUUAAUCAAACCCAACUGGAAAUGAGUAAUUUGGUUAUAUAGGCUCUGGGCUGUAAAUAUGACAGAAAAAUUGAAGCUAUCCACUAUUUAUGGAACAUCAGAACUGUCUGUUUGCUAGCCUGACUGCGAGACUGGAAGCGUGAUUUACAAAGCCGUUUAUUAUUUUUGCAAAAGACAAUAAACCCUUUCAAGUUACACAGUGAAAAAAAAAAAUUGAAAAGACCUUGAAUGAUUUGCCUGUUAUUUCCAUUUGUGUAACUUUGAUUCUCAUUUUGAGAAAAAUAAGUAACGUACCUCUACUUGUAGGACUUGCACAACAUAAUUCAGUCCUUUCCUUUUAAGCACCCAAAAUAUAAAAUGGAUGUAUGACUUCAGGAAUUGUAUGCAUACACACUGAGAAAUGUGCUAUUUUUCAUAUAUGUUUGUGUUGCUUAUAUAUAUUUUCACAUGUUUUUCAUUUGUUUUGUGUACCCCACCUUAUAAAAGUUUGUCACAGUAAAAGUGUAAAGCAUACGCAAGCAUUGUAAAGUAUAGAGAGGUAUGGUAAAGCAGGUUAAGAAAAAAACAUGGUAAAUGCAUAGUAUAACCAUGGCAAAUACUACAAAAUUACUGCAGAUUUACAAGGGAAAACUUUUAUAAGUGAUUGUCUAGUGGUGUUCUUUAUUUUUAUUUUUUAAACAAAGUUGUUUUGCGUGGAAAAGUGGCUGUAUCAACUGGUCCAGGACCUCUGAACAGACCGGUGAAUUGUAUUAAAGGUUACAAGUGCCUCCCCCUUACCUGUAUGCGAUAGGCUUUUAAACCCUGAACUGGACAUGCUUUUCUGGUGAAGCUGUAUUACUGUAAAUGCAUGUGAGUGGUAGGGUAUAUGAUUCAGUGAUUUACCAGUUUGGUGGCUAGUAUAAAUACAUUUUAAUUAUACAAAAAAUGUAUAAAUGUUGAAAAUAAAAUAAAAAGCGAUUGUUUUUA